AUGUCGAAACGGCGUUUCAAUCCAUCGGAGGAGGAGAAGAUUCCAAUAGUAGAGAAAUUGUAUAGGGACGAUUUGGGUGAACAUAAAUUGAUUCCUCGAACUGAGGCGAAAUCAUUUUACUUGCUAAAGGACUGUGAUCUGGAUCUACGGAAACCAGUACUACGCUACUGGGCAAAAAAGAAUCCUCAUAAUCCACGUUAUGGUGACAUGAAGCUGUAUCUGAAAUGUCAGGUAGUUGAGCGGAUGCUUGAAAUUUACGGUAGUUGGGAGGAAUUCGAAGCGGAGAAGAAAUUGCGCGCUACACAAAAAGAAACUAGAGCCGAGAAAAACUUUGAGAAGAAGGUCAAGGAAAUGAGGCAGCAUAUUCGUGGUCUUUCCGGUGUGAAAAUCGAAGAAACUGCUGCCCAUGACCAUACCUAUGGUGAGGAAGAGUAUGAUGAAGACAAGGAUGAAUAUUCUAAGCAAUGCACUCAAUGUGAUUAUGUGCUGAGAUACGAGAAAAUGUAG